CUUCCGCCUACUCAACGUCAACUCCAGAUCCAAGGUAUCUGCGCGACUGCAGACGGGCUCGCUGCAGCAGAGCAUCUUCAGCGCGAUUUGAACAUACCUGACUCGCUGUAAUUGGACGAUCACCACACCACGACAUCACACCUCCGCCCUCUUGGCAUCGACCCCGACAGACAACAACACCUCCCGCGAACUCUUGUCCAUCACCGCCACCGGACCUCGCGUGUCGCAGCGCCGUCGCUCUCUUCGUCGUCCUUCUCCAACGUCACCUCGAGUCGUGCGUUCCAUCGUCCCUCACGGCGUGGACGGCUGCAGGGCUGGGCCCCUUCCUUGCUGCUCCGCAUUGGGUUGCCCUUGAUCGACGUCCCAUUGGACGAGAUUCGCCAUGAAGGGCUUCCGUCAGCGCGUGAGCCAGCUCUCGCGGGCGAAAGAUCGAGAGGGUAACAAGCUCGCGAAGAAGAAGGACUCCACCUCGGGCACGGCAUCGCCUCAUAACGGAACAACGCAAUCACCUGCUGGCUCCGCGCAUGCUACUCCGACCUCAUCCACCAGCAAUCUUGUCGACCCACGAAACAAGCCUCUGCCGGCCGAUGCUCCGAACCAGUCUCAUCCGGGCGCUCCGGUUCCUGGCCAGUCGCAGGCCAAUGCUCAAAACCCGAGUCUGUUCGCGCAACAUGGAGCAAUCAGUGCAAUGCCUGGACAAGGACAACAAGGUGGUCCAUCCACUCCAGGCCGGCAGAACAACCCACUCGCUCCCAGUGUGGUGAUCUCUCCGAGCGCUCCCCAUGUCCCGCCUCCAGGCGCCGCCGAAACUAUGCCACACGAUCUCGCGCCACCAAAAGCUGGUUCAAAGAGCUUACUGUUCGAUAGACUACAGGCCACCCCGAAAGACACGGUGCCCGAGGGAAUUCGAACUCCGAAACGACAGCAUUCGUCCCGCUUCGACAUUUCAGAUCAAAGACAGCGCGAACUGGAGAAGCUUCCUGGCUUUCAUGAGGUGCCGCCGAACAGGAGACAGGAGCUGUUCAUGCAAAAGCUGGAUCAGUGCAACAUUAUAUUCGAUUUCAAUGACGCGUCUGGGGACAUGAAGAGCAAGGAGAUCAAACGACUCGCAUUGCAUGAGCUGUUGGACUAUGUCGCGCAGAAUCGUCAAGUCAUCUCGGAGCCAAUGUACCCGCGCGUGGUCGAAAUGUUCGCAAAGAACCUGUUCCGGCCCAUCCCACCGCCCAUGAAUCCGCAGGGCGAGGCAUUUGAUCCGGAAGAGGAUGAGCCCGUUCUGGAGGUUGCUUGGCCGCACAUACAAGUCGUGUACGAGUUCUUCUUGCGUUUCAUCGAGAGCCAGGACUUCAACACGAAUUACGCCAAACAGUACAUUGACCACGGCUUUGUAUUACAACUGCUUGAGCUGUUCGACUCCGAAGACCCCAGAGAAAGAGACUUCCUCAAGACCACGCUACACAGGAUAUACGGCAAAUUCCUCAACUUGCGAUCCUACAUUCGCAGAAGCAUCAACAACGUGUUCUUCCAAUUCGUAUACGAGACGGAGAGAUUCAACGGGAUUGCGGAGCUUCUGGAGAUCCUGGGCUCAAUCAUCAACGGUUUCGCGCUGCCACUGAAGGAAGAACACAAGCUGUUCUUGACCAGAGUUCUCAUCCCUCUGCACAAGGUGAAGAGUCUGAGCAUGUACCACCCUCAGCUGGCAUACUGCAUCGUGCAGUUUCUUGAAAAGGACGCUGCCCUCACCGAAGAGGUCGUGCUCGGCCUCUUGCGCUAUUGGCCGAAGGUGAACAGCACCAAGGAGGUCAUGUUCUUGAACGAAGUGGAAGAUAUUUUCGAGGUCAUGGAUCCCGCAGAAUUCGCCAAAGUCCAAGAGCCACUCUUCAACCAGCUUGCGAAAAGCGUCGCAAGCCCGCACUUUCAGGUCGCUGAGCGCGCACUGUACUUUUGGAAUAACGAGUACUUCUGCAAUCUUGUCAGCGAUAACGUGGACGUGAUCCUGCCCAUCAUGUUUGCGCCGCUGUACGAGAACUCGAAAGGACACUGGAAUCGGACCAUCCACGGCAUGGUGUACAAUGCGAUGAAGCUUUUCAUGGAAGUCAAUCCACAGCUCUUCGACGAAUGCUCGCACGAUUACACGGAGCAGCAGAACAAUGCCGAAGCGGUCAAGGCGAAUCGACAGGCCAAAUGGGACCGCCUGACUCAGCUCGCUGAACAGAUGAAAGCGAAUGGUCACUCACCAGCGGUACGACCUCCACAAGGGUACGGGACUGGCUCGAAGAGUCCCGUACGCGAAGGCGAAGGCGAUCCCAUAUCCAUGGAGCGGUUACGCUUACAGGACGACAGGAGAGCUGACAGGCAGACGAAGCGUUCGCACAGCAGCAAAAGUCGACAUACCGACGGGUCCUCUUCCACGUCGGCAGCGCCGUCUUCGGCAGUCUCCGGCAGCAGAUCGAGGAGCGAAAGCGGCAAGAGUCGAUAGAGAGCGAGGAUGCAGCUCCGGGGCUCAAGGAAAAGGGAAUGUAUACUUUUCGUCCGUAAUCAUGGGGAGCAAACCUGAGUUUACGGGCGCCUAAGAGCAGGACGAAGGGCGUUUGAAGAAGCCGAGUUUUAACGAAAUCGCAUACUACCAAUUCUUUCCGGCGCAAAA